UUCCUCAUAGCUGGUGCAGACCAGCCUCUGCUGCCUCUGCAUUGGCUGUUCCUCACCCUUGCUUGGUUUCGUUGAAUUGCAAACGUUACUACUAGGCCCGAGUUUUCACCCUUGUGUCCCACAAGACACCGUGCUCCAGGUCCUGUGACGCGCAUGCUCGGUGUGUACGCGCGCUAGUCCCUGCAGGGGGAGACAGGCUGUGAUUUCAACAGGGACCGAGUUCAGCGUCCGCAGGAGAACGCGUUUCCAAGCAGAAAGAGCAAUCCCUUACUUCAUUUGAAACCCAGUGUUCGAGAUUAGAUAAAAUAUAUAGAGAGAUGCACUUUCUCUUUCUGUAGUUUUUCUUAAUUCCGUUUUAUUAAUUUAUGUGCGCUGCUGAGUAAGGAGCAUGCAGUGUCCGCUACUCAAAUCAACAACUUUCUAAUUUAUAUAUAACUUGUAGAUUGUAUAUUAUUAUUAUUAUUGUUAUUAUUAUUAUUAUUAUUAUUAUUAUUAUUAUUAUUAUUAUUAUUCGUGCUGUUUUGUAGGAUUUCGUAGUUUCUUUUUUCUCUGUGGGUAACCGAGACGCCUCUGAUGUGAAUGCCGCGUUCACAGUGCUGCUGCAGGGAUCUUCUUCCGAGCCGCAUGGAGAAGCCACGGUCUCCGGAGCCCCGGGCAGACGUGCACCGCUGCGACCCGGCGCUGUGGCUGCGCUGGGAAGGAAGAGUUCUUCAGCAGCAGCACUUGCAGUAGUCCUUAUUUAAGUUUUGAAAGAUUUGGACUGUACUGGGACUGGGUGAGUGGACACUGUAGAUUUGGACUGUACUGGGACUGGGUGAGUGGACACUGUAAAUUUGGACUGUACUGGGACUGGGUGAGUGGACACUGUGACGAUGAGUGUGAGAUCGAAAGGGUACCCCAUGGAUCUCGGGGGCAGCUUCACUGAAGACGCCCCCAGGCCACCGGUCCCUGGCGAGGAAGGGGAGCUGGUGGCCACGGAUUCCCGGCAGCAUAGCCACAGCUUCUACUCCACCAAGAGCGAGGCUUCCACGGCCACGCCGCGCCGGCCGGACCUGGACCUCGGCUAUGAGCCCGAGGGCAGCGCCUCCCCCACACCGCCCUACCUCAAGUGGGCCGAGUCGCUUCACUCCCUGCUGGACGACCAGGAUGGGACCCACCUGUUCCGCACCUUCCUGAAGCAGGAGGACUGCGCCGACCUGCUCGACUUCUGGUUCGCCUGCAGCGGCUUCCGCAAGCUGGAGGCGAGUGGCGGCAACGAGGAGAAGAAGCUCAAGCUGGCCAAGGCCAUCUACAGGAAGUACAUCUUGGACAACAACAGCAUCGUGUCGAGGCAGAUCAAAGCAGCCACCAAGAGCUUCAUCAGGGACUGUGUGGUGAGGGUGCACAUCGAGCCGGCCAUGCUGGACCAGGCGCAGACAGAGAUCCAGGCCAUGCUGGAGGAGAACACCUACCCCGUGUUCCUCAAGUCUGAUCUCUAUCUGGAGUACACCCGCACAGGCGGGGAGAGCCCCAAGCUGUGCCCUGACCUCAGCUCCGGCUCUGGGACCGGGAUGGUCCAGCCUGGGUAUUUGCCCACUCUGAACGAGGACGAGGAGUGGAAAUGCGACCAGCAGCCGGAGGAGCAGGAGGGGGACCCCACUCCCACUAACAGGCUCACUCAGAAACUGCUGCUGGAGACUGCGAGCCAGCGAGCCGCCAGCAACAAGAGGAGCCAGGACAGCAGGGAGUACAGACACGGAACGUGGCGGGAGCCCGUCAACCCUUACUAUGUGAACACCGGGUACGCCAUGGCCCCCGCCACGAGCGCCAACGACAGCGAGCAGCAGAGCCUGUCCAGCGACGCGGACUCCCUCUCCCUGACGGACAGCAGCGUAGAUGGGAUCCCUCCGUACCGAUUCCGAAAACUCCACCGUCGAGAGAUGCAGGAAAGCGCCAAAGCCAAUGGACGAGUGCCACUACCUCAUAUGCCUCGCACAUACCGGAUCCCGAAGGAUAUCCACGUUGAGCCGCAGAAGUUUGCUGCCGAGCUGAGCAGCAGACUGGAGGGGGUCCUGAGGGAGCGCGAAGCCCAGGAGAAGCUGGAGGAGAGACUGAAGCGAGUGCGAAUGGAGGAGGAAGGGGAUGACGCAGACGUCUCUGCUGCUCCCUCGCUGGUCAGUCACAAGCUGCCCCCCGUCCAGCCCCCGCACCACUUCAACUCGCGCUACUCCGACAUGUCCUACAGCGGCAUGCAUCUGCGAGACGCUCAUGAGGAGAACCCCGAGUCCAUCCUGGACGAGCACGUCCAGCGCGUCAUGAAGACGCCCGGCUGCCACUCCCCGAAGUCGCGCUCUCCAGACGGGCUGCCCGCGGGCAAGCACCCGUCCAAACCAGGGCUGAAGGCGGAGGGGGCUGGCAUGUACCACCACAAGCACGUGUACCACCACACCCACCACCACGGCACGGUGAAACCCAAAGAGCAGGCUGAGGGGGAGGCCUCGCAGAGGGGGCAGAGCAACCUGGCCUGGAACGGGGAUCCGCACCACUAUGCAACCAAGUCUCGCAACUACGCAGACAGCAUGGGCAUGGCGCCCAACCCCAUGGACUCACUGGGGCACAGUAGUAAAGGAAGCACGCUAUCUAAACGUGCCUCCAAGAAGGCGGAACCCCUGAAAACGGAGGACAGCCGGAACUUUGAGAUGCCCGCGCCUCCCGAGGACAUGGAGAGAAACCAGAAGAUCCUGCAGUGGAUGAUGGAAGGGGAGAAGGAAUCCGGGCGCCACAAAAAGACGCCGUACGGAAGCACCGGCGGGGUGAAGAAGGUGCCGAGUCACGAGCCGUCCAGACCCAGCUCGAUCGAGCGGCCGGGGGCAGUGCACCCCUGGGUCACCGCCCAGCUCCGCAACAACGUGCAGCCCUCCCACCCCUUCAUCCAGGACCCUACCAUGCCUCCCAACCCCGCCCCCAACCCCCUGACCCAGCUGGAGGAGGCUCGCCGGCGGCUCGAGGAGGAGAAGAAGAGGGCUGCCCUCCUGCAGGCCAAACAGAGGCAUAGAACCCAGAAGAAGCAGCCGUGCGAGAGCCUUGUCGUGGCGUAUUACUUCUGCGGGGAGCCCAUCCCCUACAGGACCUCGGUGAAAGGACGCGUGGUCACGCUGGGGCAGUUCAAGGAGCUGCUCACCAAGAAAGGGAGCUACAGGUAUUACUUCAAGAAGGUGAGUGACGAGUUUGACUGCGGGGUGGUGUUUGAAGAGGUUCGCGAAGACGACGCGAUCCUGCCCAUCUUCGAAGAGAAGAUCAUCGGCAAAGUGGAGAAGAUCGACUGAACUGGAGGAGGGGAGACGACCACCUGAGGCGUGUGGGUGGAGAGAAACAGGUGGAAUCAGCGUAUUGGAAAGGGAACAUGCUCUGUACAGUGGAGCGUGCGGCGAGGGUUUAACGGUACAAGGUUAAAGGAGGCUCAUCAGUCCAGGGGAGCCUUCGAAGGAGCAGAGAGGUCCUGAAGAGAAGAGGCGCUCUGGGAAACCUCAUCUGGACUGUAGGGCUUUCACUUUCCACAGAUAGAUGAACCAGCUGCUCGGUGCCACAGGAUGCAGUGGUGCUUCAAAGGCACAGUCUGCCCAGCGCAGGACACAGAGAGGUAUCUUCACCAUAUAUCGAGUGUAAUGUAGCAUUGUAAAGUUGUAUUAGGAACUGUGCCAUGAAUCUGUUUACUAAAGCUGCAUAUUUUUGAUAUAAUGCAAUGGAAUGAAAGGACCCUUUCUAAUGCACCUGAGCUCUCUUGUGCUUUCUUGUAACUUUUGGUAUGUACAGGUACUUCACACAGUGACAGGCCAUCCGGAAAGGGGGAAAACUAACGAAACAAAAACAGAGAAAUAGUAGCUUUUCUUUUUUAAUGAAAAACAGCUGUUGCUAUCAAUGCAUUGGAUUGUUACAAUUCACUUUGUAUUAUAUUUUCAUGAUAAUACUGUCUUUGAAAAGUGCUACAGGAGCUUCUCUUAGUUUGGAGUCCUUCGCAUGGCAGUAUGUGUCUUUCUUUAAAUCCUUAGAUUUAUAAAUACUAUCCAACCACUUCAAACUGAACUUCGUGAGCCAGUGUUUUGUAUUUUCCUUAGUUCUGGUAUUUUAUUUUUUUGAAGUAUUUUGCUGGUCCAUCACCCUAUGAGAAUCGCACAGAGCCAUCAGCCUAUGAGAAUCUCACGGUUUGUAGUGUUGUCUGUGCUGGAUGUUACCACAGAGCCUCUGCGUGUCAUUUUAAAACGAGCGUGUUUUCUGUUCAGAUCUCACGGUUUGUGGUAUUGUGUUGGGGUUCUGUGUGUCUUGUUUUCCUGUGGAUUUGUUUGUGCUGAUUGGAGGAAGCGAGGUCAUGGGGUGCAGGUCAGAGGUGCCUUGUUCAGGUAUACUUGCCUGUAUUAAAGCUGGUGCUGGCAGGAGGAAUCCCAGUAAAACAACUGGUACCUUCACUGGCUCUCACUGAUACAAAAUCAACACACAGACCAAACAGGGAGCUUUGUGUUUAAAAAUCAAUCAAUCGAUUAGUGAAAUGUCUGUCACUUUGAUAUCUGAAAUCCCCAGUGGUCUGUGAAGAUUGAAGUGAUAUUAUAAAGAAUAUAUAAUGCUCUUAAUUGGUAGGAAUAAAUCUGUGUUUUUUAAUCAGUGGUUGACAAAGGCAGGCACAGUAUAAAUCUUCCUGGAGCCCCGACAUGACCCUAAAGAGGCAGUGGAGUGUUCAUCACUGUGUGGCAUUAUUAAAAUCAUUCACAUAAUACAUUGUUUACAGAUACCUGAAUGUAUUAAACAGACUAGCCUGAGUUUAAAGAAAAUGGCUCAAAUCUGCUUUUCUAGGUUUCUGAAUGGGCUUUGUUAGAACCUGAGUCUCUGCUAAUCUGUUUCAUCACUGAGUUCCAAAGACCAGCAGUCCUGUGAGAGGUAAAGCUACAGUUAACCGGCGAUGUGGGUCUUGUGCAGCGUGCAGUGGAUCAGCAAACAUCUCAUUUAAAAACGAAAAAAGUAUACAAAUAUGCUGUACCUCCCUGUCCAACUUGCAUUCAAAACUUGCAGGGAAUUGAAUUGAAUUGGUUUUAAUCUACUGUUGUAAGUCCAUGUUAGAUUGAAGAGUUUUUUACAGGUUCAUACUGGGAAUGUAAUGAAGACAGGUUCGUUUGGAAACCGUUGGAACAGUGAACUGAUUGAACGAUCAAGUCUGGGAGCGUUAGGUACCCCUCGUAUAUAAAGUGUUUAACAAAGUACUGUGCCACACUAGAUUGCAUGGCCGCAUUUAUUUAUUUAGAGGUUUUCCUAACCUGUAUUUUUUUUUUUUUUUUUUUUUGUACAAAGUAAAUGAAACCUCGUUGUAAAUGUUUUAACAGCACCUGUGACUCUUCAGCCCAUGUGUUUUUAAUGUGAACUGUAUAAACUGUGCUGCAGUCUUGUGUAUAAUGUGGGCGAGUUUGAUUGGGGGGGGGGGGGGGGGGGCACUAAUCUGAAGAGUUUAUUCCAGCAGCAUUGCCCUGCUCUUCUUUACAAGCUCUUCUGGAUCCUGUGUUUCAGCAGGUGCAGAUUUCAAGUCUGUCUUGAUGAAAACGGGACAAUGAAAAAGUAAAACCAUGAAACUCCCUAUGAGAGGUCUAAUGUAAAUAUACAUCACAGAGUGCCUUUUAAAUUGCAACGUAUACAUGUCUGCCAUGCGAUUUCCCCCGAGUGACAAAUCAGUUGCUUUCAUCCAGGGACCUGCGUUUUGGUUUUUAAUUUUUUUUUUAUUUGCUCAGCAGGGAUUGCUUUUUCAUGCGACCCAGCAUUCGGACUCUGGAGACGGUGUGUGUUUUUUAAUUUAAAUGUUUUUUUGUAAAUAUGUACAUUUUCAUAUAAGUGUCUCUAACCAGCAGCACAUGGUGAUAUUUAGUACCCUGGUCACGUUUCAGUGUGCUGAGAUGUGCAGUUAGCUUUUAAAAGGUACUUGGACAAUAAAGAAAUGAAAACUA